GUCCGAUCCUUCACCAGUCAGUCACAAACCCAAACCCGCUGCUAAAUCCCUUGAACCCUAACUAAACCCACUACGAUGGCGGGUUUACUCGUCGUGGAUAGGGAAGAGGGUGGCCGAGAUGGGAUUCAACGCGGCGGCGGCGUCAUCAACUGGUUCCCCGGUCACAUGGCCGCCGCCACUCGCGCCAUCCGUGACCGCCUCAAGCUCGCCGACCUCGUCGUCGAAGUCCGCGACGGCCGAAUACCGAUAUCUUCUGCAAAUGAGGAUCUUCAACAAGUGCUUUCACACAAGAGGCGCAUAAUUGCUCUAAACAAGAAGGAUCUUGCCAAUCCCAACAUAAUGCUUCGCUGGAUACAACAUUUUGAGUCGUGUAACCAGGAUUGCCUUUCAAUUAAUGCGCACAGCAAAAGUUCUGUCAACCAGCUCCUCUCACUCGUGGAAUUGAAACUGAAGGAAGCGAUCACUAGGGAGCCUACGCUUCUUGUUAUAGUUGUUGGGGUUCCUAAUGUUGGCAAGUCAGCUCUUAUUAAUUCCAUCCAUCAGAUUGCGACUUCUCGCUUUCCUGUGCAGAAGAUAAAACGAGCUACUGUUGGACCAUUGCCGGGUGUCACACAAGAUAUUGCUGGAUUUAAGAUCGCAAACCAGCCAAGCAUAUAUGUACUUGAUACACCAGGUGUGCUGGUGCCAAGCAUUCCUGACAUGGAAACUGGUUUGAAGCUUGCUUUGACAGGAGCGGUGAAAGAUUCUAUAGUAGGUGAAGAACGUCUGGCAAAAUAUUUACUGGCUAUAUUGAAUACUCGUAAAACACCGUUACACUGGGAGCGAUUGAACAAAGUGCAAACUGAAGAAUCUUCAUCUGAUUCCAAGAUAAGCAGCGGAACUUCGCUUAAAGAAUCAAUACCCAGAAGAAGGAGACGAGUAAAUAGUUCUGAUGUUUUCUAUAUCGAGGAUCUUGUAAAGGAAGUUCAACGGACAUUAUACAGUUCUUUCUCAGAAUUCCACGGCGAUCUUGAAGAGGAGAACGAGCUGGAAACUCUUAUCGACACACAGCUCGACAUGCUAAGAAAAUCAUUUAGGAUACCACACAGGGCAUCGGAAUCUGAUGAAGCUCGUCUGAAGGUCUCAAAGAAGUUACUGACUCUAUUUAGGAUUGGAAAACUGGGUCCCUUCAUUCUCGAUAAUCUUCCUCGUCAUUGUGAACCCAAAUCUUAACAUAUUUGUUCACUAACGUUAUUAAUUUCAGGCUUCCUCAUAUGUAAGAUGUCACUUGGAAAUAUCCUAUUAUCCACAUUUAUAUGGAUCACAAAAUAUUUUGUGCAAUUAGGCAAUUAGCUAGCAUCAA